AUGCCUACAAAUUACAAGCGCAAGAGUAACCGGCAGUCAUGGACCGCUCAGCAGUUGGAACAAGCCAUUAAGGCUGUAAAAAGUGGAUCGCCGUCCAACUGUAUCAACUCGGCUAGGACCUCUUGUUCCGUAUUCAAUUCUCAACAAGAAGAGGAGCUGGUACAACAUCUGUUGGUUUUGGAAAAGAGGUUCUAUGGAAUAACGAUGACUAAUGUUCGUAAGCUUGCUUUUGAUCUGGCCGAAAAAAAUGGAUUGCCACACCCGUUCAACAAGUCUACCAAGAUGGCUGGAAAAGCUUGGCUUAGCAAUUUUCUGAAACGAAAUCCCAAAUUGUCGUUCCAUAAACCUGAAGCUACCUCUGCCGCCCGAGCCAGAGGCUUCAAUAAGCCAGCAGUAUCUGCGUUUUACGAUUUGCUGGAAGAAGCGCUGAAAGAUCCCAAAUUGACGCCAGAUCGUGUUUUGAACGCCGAUGAGACUAGUGUUCCUCCGAAGAAGUCUAAGGUAGCGGCAUUGAAAGGCAAAAAACAGGUUGGUGGUAUUACAUCUGCGGAACGCGGAGAAACAGCUACGGCAGUAAUGUGCAUGUCCGCAACCGGACAGCACCUUCCGCCGUUCUUCAUUUUUCUUCGCAUGCGGAUGCGCGAAGCUUUGAAGAAAGGGGCAUCACGUGGAAGCAAAUUUGCCUGUAAUGCAUCGGGUUACAUGACGGUCGAAAUAUUCAAUGAGUGGUUCGAUCACUUCUUGGAGCAUGUAAAACCUUCUGAAGACAGUCCUGCCUUGCUCAUAAUUGAUGGCCAUUGGUCGCACACGAAGAACCUAGCUUUUACCGAGAAAGCUAGAGCUAACUUUGUUAAGGUUCUAGUUUUACCACCUCACACUAGCAACAAACUUCAACCGCUUGAUGUAUCCUUUAUGGCACCUUUCAAGACGUACUACGUACAUGAAGUAGAGCGUUUCCUACAACAGAAUCCAGGUAAAAUCGUCAGCCAAUAUGACGUUGCCGAGCUCAUGAAACCUGCAUUUAUCAAGGUGGCUACUACGGAAAUUGCUGAGAAUGGGUUCGAAAAAACCGGAAUUUGGCCAUUUGAUCGCAAUAUUUUUUCCGAUGAUGACUUUGCCCCGGCCACGGUGACUGAUCAACCCGAUCCUGAGAUUCUUCGUGAAGAAGAGACGUUUCGAUUGCAUCUUGAAGGUGCGCCUAGUAAAUCGACCAUAAAUCGCAUUUCCUGUGAGGAUAAAGAAGUUCAAGUGCUUCCCGAAGACAUCAUGGUUGAUUCCGCAGAACCGGACAGCAUCUCAAAGGCCAAUAACCCGGUGUUUGAAAUAUCUCCAUCGAUCAUACUUCCGUUACCGAAAAUGGUCAACCCGAAAGUCAAGAAGAGAAAACGCCAAGCAGAAAAGGCAGCUGACAUAACGUCUGCUCAAAACGCUGACACUUUGAAGAAGGCGAAAGCAUCGAAAGACAAUAAAUCCAUCAAAAAAGAACAAAAACAACGCUCUUCGAAGAAGCCUAAGCAAAAUAAGGGCAAAGGGCAACUCAUCUGA